GUCGCCUUUGAUUAUCAGUUGCCAGCAGCCCCUCUCUUGGCUCCUUGACACGAGCACCAUAUAAGGCGCAGCGAUCUCCAUAGAAACGUGUCAGUUUCAAUAGUAGUGUCAAAGUUCACUAUAUACAGACAUUCGCGCAGAUCUCCGUUUCGGAAACAUUGCUCCGCUGGUCCUCCCGUUCAAACGCAUUCAUUUUUGGGUCUCUGCUUCUUGCAUAUUCUAUUAGUUGUUGUUUUCUUCUCUCUCUUUAUGCUCGCUGCGUUCCGACUGGAGAGGUGAAACUGCAUAGGCACUCGGGCGACGUUGUUUUUGCUGGAGCAGAUGAGCUAUAUUCAUGAACAUAGAUAGAGAAUUCCGCUCUUCAGUCCUUCCUUCUCUCCAACCGCGAAGACGGAGAAAGGAGCGGGGGGAAGAAAAAAGAAGGGAAUUUAUUUCGCACCGGACUUUGGAUCUCGGACCCGCCAGAGAGCUUUUAUUUUUCUUUCGACAUCAAUGUGAAGAAUUUUAAUUAAGAUAUUUUGAACAAAACUGAUUUUUGUUACGUUUGGGUUCGCUUUCUCUACACGAUUGGGCUCCCGAAUGGCUGACUGCAAUUUACCUUGGAACUGGCCUCCCGACAAUUGCAUAUCCUGAUCGGGUGCAUUUUCUAUCGACUCUUGUAUUUUGAAUGUAUUGAUCGUCUAAGGUUCUUACUUUUUCCUAUGAGAUUGGCUGCUCCAGUUUGACUUCGCGCUGCCUUUCGUCCGAGAUCUCCCGUUUCCCUGCUCUGAUAUCCGAGCGACCAGUUCGCUUGAAAGCACUUUUCGGGCCCGAGAUAUGGCAAUGGUAGUUAGCGUCUGGCGAGAUCCGCAGGAAGACGUGGCCGGAGGACCACCGAGCGGCCCCAAUCCGGCAGCGCAGCCGGCGAGGGAGCAACAGCAGGCGGCGUCGGCAGCGCCUCACACUCCGCAGACCCCCAGCCAGCCAGGACCCCCGUCAACACCGGGGACGGCUGGUGACAAGGGAAGCCAGAAUUCUGGACAGAGCCAACAGCAUAUAGAAUGUGUUGUCUGCGGGGACAAAUCGAGUGGCAAGCACUAUGGUCAGUUCACCUGCGAGGGAUGCAAAAGUUUCUUCAAGCGGAGUGUCCGGCGGAACUUAACGUAUACGUGCCGUGCCAACAGGAACUGUCCUAUCGACCAGCACCAUCGUAAUCAGUGCCAAUACUGUCGGCUUAAGAAGUGCUUAAAAGUGGGCAUGCGGAGGGAAGCGGUUCAGCGAGGAAGAAUGCCUCCAACCCAGCCGAACCCAGGCCAGUACGCGCUAACGAACGGAGACCCUCUGAACGGCCAUUGUUACCUCUCCGGAUACAUCUCGUUACUGCUUCGGGCCGAGCCUUACCCUACGUCUCGAUAUGGCAGCCAGUGUAUGCAGCCCAACAAUAUUAUGGGAAUCGAGAAUAUCUGCGAGUUAGCGGCUCGCUUGCUCUUCAGUGCCGUGGAAUGGGCGCGGAACAUCCCUUUCUUUCCCGACCUGCAGAUCACCGAUCAGGUGUCCCUGCUCAGACUCACGUGGAGCGAGUUGUUUGUGCUUAACGCGGCGCAGUGCUCCAUGCCCCUUCACGUGGCCCCGCUGCUCGCGGCCGCCGGCCUGCACGCCUCGCCGAUGUCUGCAGACCGGGUAGUGGCUUUCAUGGAUCACAUUCGCAUCUUCCAGGAGCAGGUCGAGAAACUCAAAGCGCUGCACGUCGAUUCGGCAGAGUACAGCUGCAUCAAGGCUAUUGUGCUCUUCACGUCAGACGCUUGCGGCCUGUCAGAUGCUGCACACAUCGAGAGCCUACAAGAGAAGUCUCAGUGCGCCCUAGAGGAAUACGUGCGAAGCCAGUACCCGAACCAACCCAGUCGCUUUGGCAAGCUUUUGCUGCGAUUGCCUUCCCUCCGCACUGUCUCCUCGUCGGUAAUUGAACAGCUGUUCUUCGUUCGCUUGGUAGGUAAAACUCCCAUUGAAACCCUCAUCAGGGAUAUGUUAUUAUCCGGGAGCAGCUUCAACUGGCCAUACAUGUCCAUUCAAUGAUCCCAAAUGAGCGCGUGAAACAAAAAGAGACUAACGGACCAAAAGUCUACACCCAUCUUUCAAGAAGACUAUAUAUAGGACCUCGUUUCUGAUCACCUUGGAAGACAUUCUUUUUUGUUGUCUUCUUGGACCGAGAUGGAAUAAGUAAUGUACAAAGAUAAAGGAACUGGACACUCCCGUGUAAACCCAUCGCCAUCGUCAAGAACACUUUCCAUUUUGUAAAAUACUAGUCUUUAUUUUCCUUUUUUUUGUAAAAAAGAAAUCAAAAACAAAAACAACAUACGUACAGAUAAAUUGAAGAACAUCAUAUGCGCAGUAAAAUGAAUCAAGACUUAGCGGGAAAGUAAUGUUUCCAAGCAAUUAUAAGAAAUGUCCUGUGUCUAUGUAUCUCUGUUUUGUAUUUUUUCUGGUUCUAAACCAGUUUUUUUCUGUGAUUCUAUACUAAUGAUUUUGAUAUAACCUUUUGCUUCUUAUAAUGAGUGCGAUAUAUGUUGUUGAAGCUAUGUUCUCCAAGAAUUAAAAUUGAAGUGAGAAUUUAAAACAUAAAAUAAAGAAAAUUUUAGACAAAUAAGAAACAGUCUAAUCGCAAUGACAAUAUCACUGAUGGUUGUACAACACCCCCCCCCCCCCCCCCCCCCAAUUGAUGCUAUGGACGUGCAACUGCGGCAAAAAUGACCUCAUGGACAAUUUAAGGAGAGGACGCCGGUGAAACUUUUUUCUUGGUUGUGUGUGAGUGCGUGUUUGAGUCAAUCAUCAGUCAAAGAGGAUAGACAUGAAAAAUCAAAGCACUUUUAAUAUAUCAUUUUCAAAUACAUUUUGUUUGUUUCGUCUUGAUAUUUUUGUUUGGAUUUUUUUUGUUUUGUUUUGUUUUGUUUGUUUGUUUGUUUUCUUUUUCUCUAUCGGUUGUUGCUUCCGUUUUGCUCAACCCAUGAUAUGCUUGUGCAGAAGGGUCGCUUGAUGAAGUUGUGUGAUGGUGACUAUACUAUUAAAAAAAUAGGCAACUA